GUGCCCUGUCUGCCUCCUACCAACCGCCAUAGCUAGUACAGCUCUGUCAUCUUCAUUAGAGAGAGAGAGAGAGAGAGAGAGAGAGAGAGAGAGAGAGAGAGAGAGAGAGAGAGAGAGAGAGAGAGAGAGAGAGAGAGAUGUCUCCGUCAGCUGCUGCUCCAUUGAUCGUCUCGUUCGGGGAGUUGUUGAUUGACUUCGUGCCGACCGUGAAUGGAUUGUCGCUCGCGGAAGCGCCGGCGUUCAAGAAGGCUCCAGGUGGCGCGCCAGCCAACGUUGCCGUGGGUGUUGCGCGAUUGGGCGGGAAUGCCGCGUUUGUGGGGAAGGUAGGGGAUGACGAAUUCGGCAGGAUGCUGGCCGCGGUGCUGGAGUCGAACAAGGUUGAUGUUUCCGGCAUGACUUUCGACACGAACGCGAGAACGGCGCUCGCUUUCGUCACUCUGAAGCUCAAUGGCGAGAGGGAGUUCAUGUUCUACAGAAACCCAAGCGCUGAUAUGYUGUUGACGMCUGAGGAGCUGGACAGGAAGCUGAUCGAGAAAGCCGYCAUUUUUCAUUACGGAUCGAUCAGUUUGAUCUCYGAACCGAGUCGAUCGGCGCAUCUGGAGGCGAUGAAGAUGGCCAAGGCCGCAGGCGCCGUCCUUUCUUACGAUCCCAACCUUCGUCUGCCUCUAUGGCCGUCCGCMAUAGCUGCCAAGGAAGGCAUGCUGAGYAUCUGGAARGAGGCCGACAUCAUCAAGGUCAGCGACGAGGAGCUGCUCUUCCUCACCGGGGAGAAGGAGGUGAGCGAGCAGGUCGCCCGCAGUCUGUGGCACGACGACCUCAAGCUCCUCGUCGUSACUCGCGGAGAGGAYGGCGCCGACUUCUACACGAAGAGCUUCUCCGGACACGUGGACUCGUUCAAGGUCGAGACGAUCGACACCACCGGCGCAGGGGAUGCUUUCGUCGCGGCGUUGCUUGUCCGGAUCGCGGCUGAUCGCUCCAUCUUGGACGACAAAUCCAAGCUCGAGUCCACUCUGCGGUUUGCUUGCGCCGCCGGUGCUAUCACCACCACCGAGAGAGGAGCGAUCCCUGCUCUCCCCACUCCUGAGGCCGCCCUCGCGCUUCUGGCGAAGGACGUGACCCUUUAGACCACACUUUCUUCUCCCUCCUCACCCGCGCCGGCCCCCCCUCGGCCCUCUCUCCCCCCCUCAUCAUCCCCAAUCCCCUCUCCCCCCCUCAUCAUUGGCAUGGCCCAUUGCCUUGCAUCGAGCGGAAUUUGGUGAUGGACUUCAUCACCGUGAAAAAAAUUGAGGGUACCGCUGUUGCUGGUCAGUUGAUUGUUUCCUUCUUGGUAUCCAAUUUCGACGACACUCUCUCUCCUUAGGUCUCAUUGCGGUUUUUUUCUCCGAUAGGAUCUGUAGGUGAGCGCAAAUCUUCUUGUAGAUUGAUAGAGACUGUGAUUCGUCAUUCUUUUUACCUGAAUUUUUUGUUUUUAUUAAAUUUAUGUCGGCUGUGUUUUACAGUUAAUUUUCAUAGCGGAGGGACAUCCGUUAAAAUUGGUGCGAUUAAGAGAAGAGACUGAUUAUUAAUUUAUUAUGGCCCCUGCGCAAGGAUGACACUCAUAAAUAGAGAAAUGGUCCAAAUUUGAAAUAAAAACUUAGGAAAAUA